AUGAAGUUUCUUCUUGGAUUGGAGGUUCAACAAGUAAGAUGGGCAUUUUUGCAUCACAAGAAAAAUAUGCAAAAGAGAUCAACACCCAGGGAACCGUGUGUAAAACUUUCAAAGUUUGAUGGAGAAGAGCGUGUCGAUGCAAUUAGAUACCGUUGUUUGGUAGGAAGCCUUCGCUAUCUCACAUCCACAAGGCCGGAUAUUUUAUUAAGCGUUGGUGUUGUAAGUCGGUUCAUGGAGGAGCCGGUUUAUUCACAAUGGAAGGCAUUGAAGCGAAUUCCACGGUACAUCCAAGGAACAAUAUCAUUUGGGACGUUCUACACGAAAGCGGAUGAUUACAAGUUAAUUUGGUACUCCGACAGUGAUUGUUGUGGUGACAUAGAUGAUCGGAAAAGCAUGGGUGGCAUAUAUGUUUUUCAUGGGAAAUACCGCAUUUACUUGGCUUUCAAAGAAGCAACCGAUCGUCACACUCUCGGCGUGUGA